AAAACUUCUGCGCCUUUUGCCAAAUGCUGUUAAGAAAAUGAUCUGAAGAGUUGGGCCAAUAUCGGAACAAAGCACUUCGAAAUAUCAAGCAAAAAUGGUGAACACCCAUAGAAGGCUAUCAGAACUGUGUAGAAUUUGCAUUCGAUUUGAGAGCUUGUAAGAGUACUCAUCAUGGAGAAACAGCAGCUUGUCCUGGGUAGCCAGGACAGUGGGACUGUGUCUGGUGCAGCGCCUGCUUUUUUUGUCAUCCUGAAACAACAGCAGGGAAAUGGUAAAGCUGACCAAGGAAUCCUAGUAGCAAAUCGUGAUGCUUGUGCUCUUGCCAGCAGUGUAUCAGCUCCAGUAAAACCCAAAGUCAAGACCUGUCUCCCAGCUGACUGCAUCUCAGGGGGCAUUACUGUCACCCUAGAUAACAACACCAUGUGGAAUGAAUUCUACCAUCGGAACACAGAGAUGAUCCUGACGAAGCAGGGGAGGCGCAUGUUCCCAUACUGCCGAUACUGGAUUACAGGUCUGGAUGUCAGCCAGAAGUACAUCCUAGUCAUGGACAUAUCCCCUGUGGACAAUCACAGAUACAAAUGGAAUGGCCGUUGGUGGGAGCCCAGUGGGAAGGCAGAACCCCAUGUUCUUGGAAGAGUUUUUAUUCAUCCAGAAUCCCCUUCCACUGGCCACUACUGGAUGCACCAGCCAGUAUCAUUCUACAAACUCAAACUUACCAACAAUACCCUGGACCAGGAGGGUCAUAUAAUCUUGCAUUCUAUGCACCGCUAUCUGCCACGACUUCACUUGGUGCCUGCAGACAAAGCCACAGAAGUCAUUCAGCUCAAUGGCCCAGAUGUCCAUACAUUUACCUUUCCACAGACAGAGUUCUUUGCAGUUACAGCCUACCAGAACAUCCAGAUUACCCAGCUGAAAAUAGAUUACAAUCCUUUUGCUAAAGGAUUCAGAGAUGAUGGGUUGAAUAGUCGACCUCAGCGUGAUAUGAAACAAAACAGUAACCUGGACUUGGAAGGAGGUGAUAUUUUUAGUGCUGCUGGCAUUCAUGGUCGUCCUUCUGAUGCAUUAGAUUUGCAUCAGAGAAGUUUAGAUGCUUCAUUCAUUGGUCAAAACUCAUCAGACACUGACAUGGACAAAGAUUCCUUUAAUGCAGAAAGGGACUUCCUGGGUUUCCUGGACACUGACCUGUCUUCGGGUGAGAUGCCAAAGCUAAAACAAGAGGUCUCUGAAAGUCCCAUUGCGAGCAGUUACGAAAGCAGUUCCCAUGUGGCAUCCCCGUUGGACCCAAAUGGACACUUUAAUGUAGUCGUUAAAGAGGAACCAAUAGAUGACUAUGACUACGAGUUGGGUAUUUGCACACAAGGAGUAAGUGUGAAGCAGGAAGAAGACACAGAUGAAACGGAUGAGUAUUCCAACACUGAUGAUGAUGAUCCCAUCCUACAAAAACACCUUAUGAGACAUGAUGAAACAGAUGGAACUGAUGGGGAAUUCAGGUCUAGGAAGCGUGUAUUAAACAGUCCUUCAGGUGUUGCCAAAGCAAAAAUGUUAAAGUUGGAUAGUGGGAAGAUGCCUGUGGUCUAUUUGGAACCUUGUGCAGUCACAAAGAGCACAGUGAAGAUAUCUGAGCUGCCACAGACCAUGCUUUCCUCUUGCAAGAAGGAUAAAUCCCCUUUUAGUGCAGUGUUGGAUCCCUUGCCUGUGUGUUUUGAAAAUCACAAAGGCUCUUGCUCAGGCACAGAUGCUGUUACUGAGGAGUUAGUUAUGAAAAAACAAUCUUCUGGAAAUAAAGUGUCAGAGAAAUACUCUCCAGUCAGAGAGGCCCAGUGGGCUCUAUCUAAAUCACCUAAUUUUAAUGUCAGAGGCUCAGUAAGUUGUCAGUUUUCAGCUAAAGAGAUCUGUGGAAGAAAAAGGUCUGGCAUACUGAAGAGCCGUAUGUCCCUGAGAGGCUCUGGUAGCAAUCAGAACACCCUCUCAUCAGUUACAACUAAAAGAGGAAGGCCACGGAAACUGAGGAUUUCCAAAGCUGGUCGACCACCUAAAGGUAUAGGGAAAGCUGUAAUAACGAGCAAGAAUGCCUCACUGGGGCCUGGGAAUAUCCUUCCAGAUGUUAAGCCAGACCUUGAAGAUGUUGAUGGAGUCCUCUUUGUGUCCUUUGCAUCAAAGGAAGCUCUUGACAUUCACACUGUUGAUAAAGCUGGAGGAGGAGAAGAGUCACGGAAUCUUCAGGCUCCCUUGUUGACGAAAAAUGAUCCAGAUAGUCAAGCAAGAAUACAGGUACUAGAAAAGGAAUUGAUGGAAGAACUGAAGACAUUGAGGCAUAAGCAAGUAAUACAUCCUAGCCUUCAGGAAGUGGGACUGAAGCUGAAUUCUGUGGACCCAACAGUAAGCAUUGACUUGAAAUACUUGGGUGUGCAGCUUCCUCUUUCCUACUCAAAUUACUCUGUGUGGAGCUACCCAGGAACCAAUCCCAAUUCUCCAGAUACUGGAUUUCCUUUUGUUUCGAGGACAGGAAAAACAAAUGAUUUCACAAAAAUCAAAGGCUGGCGAGGGAAGCUUCAUGGUGCUUCUAGAAAUGAAGGUGGCAGUUCAGAAGCUUCCUUGAAGAAUCGCUCAGCAUUCUGUAGUGACAAGCUGGAUGAGUAUCUGGAAAAUGAAGGGAAAUUGAUGGAAACGAGUAUGGGAUUUUCUUCUAGCGCUCCUGCUUCUCCUGUGGUGUAUCAACUUCCCACUAAGAGCACUAGCUAUGUGCGAACACUCGACAGUGUCUUAAAGAAGCAAUCCACCACAAUUCCAUCAACAUCUUACACGUUCAAGCCUGUUCCUCCAUCAUCUACCUCUAGGAAGACAAAGUCUCAAAACAGACAGGCAUCUACAAACAAAGUAAGAACAUCUUACAAGCCUAUACUGCCUUCACCUUUUACUGCAAAGCAGAAACAGAACAUUUCAGUAUUUGGGGAAAAGGCUGCUAAGUUUGCCUCAAAUAUCAAUGUGACUAACCAAGCAAGUGGUUUCCUGAUGUCACCUGUGGAUGAAACCACACUUCCAAAACAAAUUAGUUUGCGCCAAGCACCGCAACAACAACAAGCAGCUCGUCCACCAGGUUUGUCUAAAUCUCAGGUGAAGUUAAUGGACUUGGAAGACUCUGCUCUCUGGGAUGGCAAACCACGGACCUAUAUUACAGAAGAACGAGCAGACAUCUCUUUGGCCACCCUGCUUACAGCUCAGGCUUCUCUCAAAAACAAACCUAUCCACAAGAUAAUCAGACGACGAGCACCUCCUUGCAAUAAUGAUUUCUGUCGACUGGGUUGCAUAUGUGCCAGUCUGGCAAUGGAGAAACGUCAGCCGACCCACUGCCGCAGGCCAGACUGCAUGUUUGGUUGUACGUGCUUGAAGAGAAAAGUGAUGCUGGUGAAGGGAGGAUCAAAACAUAAGAGAACAAUGAAAAAGGCUACGCGUGGAAGUGUUACAUUCUAUGGAACACAAGAAGACCAGCAGGAGGAUGAAGAUGGGGAAGAAGAGGGUGAUGGAGGAGAUGAGCUGAAACAGAAAGAGAGGAAGAAGAGAAAAAGGGUGGAAUACACUAUUUGUGACUCUGAGCCAGAACAGCCUAUUAGGAAUUGCCCAUUGUGGGUGAAAGUAGAAGGUGAAGUAGAUCCAGAGCCAAUUUACAUCCCAACACCAUCUGUUAUUGAACCAGUUAAACCUGUGGUACCACCCACCCAAGAAGUCUUGCCUUCUAGUAAGCAUAAGUCUUCCAGUGGAAUGAAAACGGGCAGAGUCUAUACUCCUAAGCCCAAUCCAGUGAUUCGAGAGGAGGACAAGGAUCCUAUCUACUUAUACUUUGAAAGCAUGAUGACCUGUGCAAGGGUCCGAGUGUAUGAACGCAAGAAAGACGAGAAAAAGCCAGAAAAAGUCAAAAGUGAUUCCCAGAGUCCUACAGUGAAACAAGAGCCUGAACCAGACCCUCAGCCUCCUGAGAAAGCAACCUCUGAGGCAGACAAAGACACUAAUAAAUCAGGAGAGAAAAGCUGGUGUUCUUCCCGUAGCGAGGGGGACUCUUCCUCCACCUCCUAUGUUCAUCACACCACUCCAGGUGGACCAGCCAAACUUAUCAAGAUUAUCUCUGACUGCAAUUUGGAUGAAGAUCACAAUAAGAUCUUGACCAUCUUGUCACAGCAAAUCAAGAGUAAGGUGCCAAAGUGCCUCAGAGUGGGUAGCUUCACUAUUGAAUGGGCUUCGGAACCCAAGGCCAAGGAUGAGAACUACCCUCCUGUCUACUCCAGAAUGAAGAUUUCAGUGUCAUCCUGCCAGGAGAAGGAUGGGAAACCUGAGAUAUCUGUCUUGAAGACCCCUGGUAGUGGAGAGCCAUCAUGCAAAAACCCAGAAAACUUAAAGGUCUUUGAGGGAGACCCACUGAACAAACGGGAGGAGAGCUUGCAUGGGGUAAAAGGCUUGCCUUUUUAUGCAGGGAUUUCUCCUGCAGGAAAGAUGAUCGUCCGCAGUUACAAAGAUAAUAUGAGCUCCUUGGGCUUUAUUCAGGUUAAUGAUAAAAGGUUUCCUCAGGCCAAACUGCUUUUGGGACAGAUGGGGGCAUUGCAUCCUGCCAGUCGGCUAGCAGCUUAUAUCACAGGCAGGCUGCGACACACAGUACUUGGUAUCUCAGCCCUCAGUACUGUGAUCUCCAAGGUAGAUUCCACUGCUAAAGCAGCUGCUUCUGGGACACCAUCAGUCCAGGUGCCCACAACAUCAACUCCUAAAACUACAUCUUCCACCAGCACUACUUCAACCCCCACUGUGACGACUCUGAAAACUCAUGUCCCAGCACAGAGACAGAUAGCUGCCCGACCCUCACCUGGUGGUGUGUUUGCACAGUUUGUGAUGAACAAAGCCGGAGUUCUGCAGCAGAAGGUUUCUGGAGUGAGCACGUGCCAGCCCGUGUCAGGGCCACAGAAGUUCAGUGUCAAGCCUACACCAAUGAUGGCUGUCACUCCUGUGGUUUCCUCAGGGCUAUCUGCAGCUCAAUGCACAGUCUCUCCUGGGACCACUACAGUCACCACCACUUCUCCAGUUAUUGUGGAAAGUAUCAGUGCAGCAGCAUCUUCUGUGACCACUCCUGGCCAAACAAGAGCUAAUGAACCUGCCUGCUCUCCUGCAAUUACAGUCACAGCUGUUCCUGCAACAUCUGGAAAUGACGUCUCUACUACUCCCUCAUCCACCACACCAACUGCCACUGUGAACAUAGGAAAAGCAACGGAGGCUGUUGUACCAGCAGCAACCACAUCACUCCCUAAAACUGUAGAAACAACACCAGCGGUUACUUGUCCUGUUGUCACAACCUCCACUGCUACAGUUGUACUAACAACAGCUGUGACAGCUGCAUCUGUGGUGACCACACCAACUCGCUCUGCUGGCUCUGUUCCGAUUAUACUGUCAGGAGUUAGUUCGAGUCCUUCACUGACUCCAAAAAAAGAUGCUACUGCACAAGCUAUAAACAAGACUUCUCAGAUGUGUCCUGGAACAGAGAAGCGUGUAGGACCUCGAUUGCUGCUGAUUCCAGUGCAUCAGACAUCUCCUGCUUUUCGACCGCUAAACAGCAUGCAGUUUGCCCCGAGGCAGAGGAUUAUCCUUCAGCCUGUCAGGAACCCUGGUGGUAUGAACCUCUUCAGACAUCCUAAUGGGCAGAUAGUUCAGCUUGUCCCCCUGCAACAGAUUCGAGCUACAGGUGCCCAAACCAGUGUGCACCCAGUAAUGUUCCGCCAUCCAGGCUCUGUUGUAGGAAUCCGGUUACCUGCACCUUUUAAGCUUCCUGGGUCACCUGUGUAUCCCGCUUACUCUGUGCCUCCGGCCCCAAACUCAGCUGCACGAACUGUAAUACGCAAGUUAUCCCCUAUGUCUAACCUAACCAUGCAAGCAUCUUCUCUUCUUCCUUCAAUACCACGUUUUGUGUCACAGGCAGGCACCCUGACUCUGAGGAUCGCUCCUACUGGUGGCAGUGUGACAAAUCAGACAGCCUCUGAGUCUAAAAUAACCUGCAGCUCAGGUGGCCUGCCAGCUACCCCUGCUAAUCUCAUACCUUUACAAUCUGGUAGUUUUGCUUUACUUCAGCUGCCAGGACAGAAGACUGUGCCAAACUCCAUUCUGAACCAUUUUGCGUCUCUUCAGCUGAAGAAGAAUUACAGGACAAUAUGCAAGAAAGAGGAGCUGGAUGUUGCUCAGCAGGAGUAUGAGAAGGCUUUAGGCUUAGAUGACGCUGUGGAGUAUGAGGUCACAGUGUCUGAUGAGAAACAAGAAGAAAAUGAGUUGUUAAUUAAUCAGUCAAAUAAUGUUGAAGAGUCAGCAUGUGGCACACUUGCACCUGAUAGAAAUUCCACUGCAUUAGAGAUGGUGGAGAAGGACUCAAAGGUGCUAGAGAGUUCUUGUGAUGAUGGCACUUCUUCUCAACAUGAUGUUUUCACAGAUGUCAUAUCAUCUGACCACACUUACAUCAGUGAGAAGCCAAGUGAUGAAGAAAAUGAGGCUUUUGAGGAAAAAGAGGACUCUCUCACUUCUGAAACUGUAGUGAAGGCUGUUUCAACUAAUUCUGAAGCUGUUUGUGGGUCAUCAGAUCAGUCUCUAGCUGCUCCUCUGGAUAAUGCACAUCAACAGAGUCUUGAGAAUCAGGAGAGUGCACGGUUGAAGAACCACGUGAAUGAACAAACACGUGCUGAACUGGAAGAGAAACCAAUAAAAGAGGAGGAAGAAGAUGGAUACACAGAGAUGAAAGAGUACUACAAGGCAAGUUCUGAGCACUCACAGGGUCAACAAGAGCAAGGUACACAGCUGGAGAACAAGGAACAGAAUGAGACUAAACUGUCUCAGAGCAAAGAAGAAUGCCAGGGUGAUGCUGUGCAGCCAGAUAUGGAAAGGAAUAACACGGGCUCUAAAGAAGCAGAAAGCAUAGAGGAGAAAUCAGGGAGUAAAUGGGAUAUCAGUUCUGCAAAAGAGCAGGAUGAUGCUGCAGGAGAAGAGCGUACAGUCAGUACCAAGGAAGGCAAAGCAAAUGUUGCUGGGCAGGAAGGCAGUAGCAACAAAGAACAAGCUCCUUUUGAUUCUCAGGAAGAACUGAAAAUGGGUCAUGAUAUUGUAACACAUGUCAACAGUUCUUGGAGCAAAAUAUCCAGCAUUGUACCACCUUUAGAAAAUAAAAGUGAGGUGGAUAACAAAGCUGAUAUCUCUGAGAAAAGUGACUUCCUGACACCAGAAGAGAAGACACAGGAACUUCGGCAUUCCAAAAUGCCCACUCUUGGUAUUACUGCUGAUGGUGGCGAAGAGGAAGAAGAAGAUGAUGAUGAAGAGGAUGAAAAAACGGAUGAUUCUGCUGAUGAGAUGCUGGAUGGUGCUUCUGACUUCCCAAGUGAAGAGGAAAUAGAUGUUGAGAAAGUGGAAGCGCAUGAAUACAGUGAGGAUGACGAGCAGGUGGACAUUGAGACCGUGGAGGAGCUUUCAGAGAAGAUUAACAUUGCCCGUCUGAAGGCCACAGCUGCUAAUAUCCAACCUUCCCAACAGAAAUACCAUGCUCGUAGUUCUUCGGAUGAAAAAUUAUCAGAAAAUCCUUCGAAGCAGAAAUGUCAAUCCUGGAAUAGGAAGCUGAAGACGGCAGCAGAAGCCUUUGCUCAUUACCGCCAGACGCACACAGCCAACGAACGCCGACGACGUCAUGAAAUGAGAGAUCUCUUUGAGAAGCUGAAGAUUGCUCUGGGCUUACACAGCCUGCCCAAGGUCUCCAAAUGCUACAUUCUAAAGCAAGCCUAUGAAGAAAUCCAAGGAUUGACUGAUCAGGCAGAUAAAUUUAUUGGACAGAAGAACUUAUUGAUGCGCAAACAAGAUGUUUUGAUUCGAAAAAUAUCCCAGCUUUCAGGGAAGACUGAAGAGGUCGUCCUGAAGAAGCUAGAAUACAUCUAUGCCAAACAAAAAGCAGUAGAAGCACAAAAAAAGAAACCAGUUGAGCCAGAGGAAUCUGCUGUAACCUCAACUGCUAGCACACAGCAAGAAGAAACUUCAGCUGCCUCCAGUGAGCCUCCUGAAGUGGCUAUGACAAAUAGAAGAGGCAAGCCCUUGAUACUUGCCAGGAAAGGAGUCCGUGCCCCAGAAGACACCAAAUCCCCUCUCACACUAAAUGCUGCAAGCCUGGUGAUGACUCCGCAGGGGCAGGUGCUUACACUGAAGAGCCCACUGGUACCAGGGCAGGUAGCAGCUGUUCCUUCCACUCUGUUGCAAGCUGAAUUAAACCCUCGAGCUGUCACUACUGCCAUGACAUCACAGCCAGGUAUUGCUUCUGUGAUGAUUCAGCUACCAGGAUCAACUGUUCCUGUCCAAGUAAAAGGAAUCAUAACUAACUCUACUGUUCCUAUUACACUAUCAACUGUUGCUGAAAACCCAGUGCCCUCAGCAGUAGUAUCAGCUACAGAGCCCCAUUCAGAAAGUGAAGAUUCGUUCAUGAUGCCAAAGAUUGUUAAUGUAACAUCACUGGCUGCUGAGGUAAGCAUGGGUGAAAACCUGAACAGCAACAACAACUUUAAUAUACCAGCAGCUGUGGGUGCUCAGGCUUCAGAGAAAUCGGUUGUAGCAUCUGUGGAAAGUAGGAAGAGUGACAGCAUCCUUUCAGAAGAAAAAGCUAAACUGUGUUCUGGUGACAGUGGCGGAGAUGGAAGAAAUACCACAGCUCCUACGAAUGUUUUCUUGGAAAAUAAAGAUGGCUUUCUCCAGCUCCGAAAUGUAUCAUGUACAAAGGAACCUCCUGAGUCCUUCUGCAAAAAGCUCUGCCUUGGUGAGUUUGUAGGGAGCCAAGUGAGGAGGAAAGAUGGUGAUCCUGGAGGGGAAAGGUUAAAACCUAAAGAAUUGCCAUUCCGCAAGCUGCAGAUCAAAGAUUCCAGGAUAGAGAUGGAAUUGAGGAAAGUAGCAUCUGCAAUGGAGGAAGCAGAACUGGAUGCCAGUGAGUUACUAAGCAGCAUCGAGGAGAGCGAUGACACGGAUGAAACCCUCACAUCGCUGCUCAAUGAGAUUGCCUUUCUCAAUCAGCAGCUAAACGACGAUGCUUCAGCAAUGUCAGAACUACCCAGCACUCUGAACUCAGACUUCUCUCAUGAAGAUGCAGAAGCCCGUCGGGGAACAUCUGGUGAUCUCACCACUGCAGGUGGGUCUUCCUUCCAGUUUGGCCAUUUGGGAGGCAGUUUUAAGGACCUUGCUGAAGUUCCAGAUGGUGGUGGCUCUAUAAGCCCUCUCCUGCUGCACCUGGAAGACGAUGACCUCACUGAUGGGGACAAGAACUCUGGGGAGCCUUCAUCUGAAGCAGAUGUUUUAAAGAUAGUAAUAGGUGCUGAAAUGAAGGAUCCACUUCCCAACCUGGCCGUAACCAGUGGUGGGAAUGACAAAACUGUAACAGCCUUGGUGGAGACCACUAGUGUGACUCCACCAGUUUUGCAGAUGAAAACUAAUCCAGAAGCUAGUACUGCUGACGCUUUGUGGAGGCCCAUGCCCAAGCUGGCACCACUUGGUUUAAAAGUGGCAAGUCUGCCAGUGGACUCAGAAGGGCAGAGUAAUAAGGUGAUGCCCUUGUUGGCACCUGUGGUUGCAAAACUGGCACCCAGUGGGGUAAAAUCUUCAUUACCUGCAGCUGUUCAAGAAGGACAGGGUAACAGAGUGAUGCCAGCGUUAGCUCCUGUGGUUAUGAAACUGACUACUACUGGGACCUUGCCUCCAAAUUCAGCAGGCAAAUAAAUGCAUAUUUUUUUUAUCAGAGACUGAAAUGGAGAUGUGGAGCAACGUGAUCCAGGGUCGGAGUUCUGCAGCCUCCAGCGUUUGCAACGCUUCGUUUUCUGCCUGGCAUCAGCACUCUGCUCAACUGAGGGCAGGCCCCAAACUGAGAACUAAGUGCUAUG